GAACAAGAAGCUCUCACUCUGUGGGAGAUUUCUGAGAUAAGAAACGUGAGACCGGCUGGUCAGUCACUCACUCCCUGCAGGAAUGAAGCCGCCGGUUCUGAUUAGCUCAGAUCUGAUGGACCGUGUGGAGGCCAGGGUUCACUCCAGUGCUUCUGUUUUAAAGCUGGAGAACCGUAUCCUGGUGCAAGCUUCCUCUGUUCGAUCCGUGACCCCAGACUUAUCAUCUCCAACCUCCUCCAUCUCCUCCUCCUGUCCAGCACUCCAGCCAUCCUUUCUCUCCUCCACCCAGCUAAAGCAGGACCUCUUCCCUUUCCCCUCCGUCUCCUCCUCCAACCACUCUCCAUUCACAGCAUCCCCUGCUGGAGGAGGAUCUGCUGGAGGAGGAUCUGCUGGAGGUGGAUCUGCUGGAGGAGGAUCUGCUGAUGGAGGAUCUGCUGAUGGAGGAUCUGCUGGAGGAGGAUCUGCUGGAGGAGGAUCUGCUAGAGGAGGAUCUGCUGGAGGAGGAUCUCCUGGAGGAGGGUCUGCUGGAGGAGGAUCUGCUGGAGGAAGAUCUGCUGGAGGAGGAUCUGCUAGAGGAGGAUCUGCUGGAGGAGGAUCUGCUGGAGGAGGAUCUGCUGGAGCACAUUCUGCAGUAGAUGGUUCUGUUGCUGGGAUUUUCACUGGUUCUUCUGAAGAGAAAGAAUUAAAGUUUAAAUCUGAGCAGGUUCAUCGUUGCUUCACUGAAAAUGUUUGCUCACAUACAGAAGAGCUGACUGAGGACGUGGAUCCUGAGGACCCCGCGGACCCCCAGUCACUGUCAGAGAGAGAGAUGAGAGUUUCUGAAGAAGAGAAGGAGUGGACGUGGACCAUCGAGCUCGCUGAAGAGUUUGGGGAGCUUGAAACAGACUCCAGUAAUGAAGAAGCCGAGCUGCUGAAGGAGAAGAAGUUUAAGCUGCUGAAUCUGGUCUGCUGCACUCUGGUCAAUAAGAGCUGCUCUCCUGGACAGAAGGGCUGGGAUGAGAAAAGAUCCGUGUGGAGAAAAAUCAGGAUCCUGGCUGAAGAAAUCACCCACAGUGAUCCAGAGUUUCUCCUGAAGGUGGCUGUCUACUCCAGGCAGGAACUGAACAAACACCUCAUGGCCAGUUACCUGAUAGCCCUGGCUGCCUACCUGCCUGCAUCCAAGCCACACGUGAGGAGGUACUUUUGCGCUGCUGUACGGCUGCCGUCUGAUUGGCUGCAAGUGCCGAGAAUAUACAGCACGUGUUUCAGCUCAUCUCUGCCCACCUGUCUGAAAAAAGGCUUGGUGGACAAAUUCAAGCAGUUCAGUGAGAGUCAGCUGGCCAAGUACUGCACACGACGACGGAGGAAACACAAAGCUGCGAAUAACUCCCCUGAACUGUACAAGAAAUGGGCGGAGCUCCUCAGAUCCAACCCCUCCACCCUGCAGAGACAGUUGCAGAGGUGUGCUCCUGUAAAUGAGAAGCAGAGUGAGUUCACUAUGCAGAAUAUGAUAAAACGUCUCCAUAUCAAAGAGCCUGCAGAGUUGGUCAUGAGCAUCCUCGGGAAGAAGUACCCUGCUGAUGUAAAGGCGUUUAAGAACAGUGGUCUGAGUGGUGAUUGGCUGAGUGACCGCGCCGGUCAGAGAAUGAAACUUAAACAGCCGGACUGCUGGCAGACCACACUGAGCCGAGAGGGAAACACGGCCAAAACCUGGGAAAAGCUCAUAGACAGUAAAUCUCUGCCCUUCGUUGUGAUGCUGAAGAAUCUGAGGAACAUCAUCAGUCAGGGUAUCAGUGCUGAUCACCACCACAAAAUCCUGAAACGACUCAGAUCAGAGUCUGCUGUGAUCCAGAGUAAGCUCCUCCCCUUACGAUUCCUUUCUGCCUACAAAGCCAUUACAGAGCUCAAAAAGUCUGCUGAUGGAACAGGGAAGGCGGACAGUUCGAAGGCUGUGCUGUUGGGGAUUCUGAACAGGUUUAAGAGGAGCAAGUGUUUCCGGUACAUGGACUGGUCUUCGGAGCGCCGGCGGAGGCUGCGAGUGACGAUGGGAGUGCCGUUUAUCUAUCGACUGCACAGCGCCAACCGCAGAUUUCUGCUGAGAGCAAGGCAGAGGAAGUUCAGUCAGGAGCUGCUGGAGGAUUACCUGCAGGCUCUGCUGAAAGCUGUGCAGAUUUCCUGCACCUACAACAUCCCUCUAAUACCUGGACACACCCUGAUCUGCAUUUCCCAUUUCAGUAGUGGAGUCAGCUGGUAUGAGCAUUUCUGUCCACCUGCAGAACCAUCAGAAGACCAGCAGGAGACCAGUUCAGCUGCUGGGUCUGAUCUGUCCGCUGUGCCCUUGGCUGUGAUGUUGGGAUACGGCUGUGAGCACUCACAGGUCCUGCUGACAAACAGCAUUGAAUGUCAGGAGGCGGAUCACCGGUCCGGCAGUCUUUUGGAUCGUGUGAGAGACACAGUGAAGCAGAUGGAGGGCGAUUGGACUGAUACAGAGUGGAAGCGCUACAGUGAUGUCUUCUCUAAGCUCUCUGAGGACAACGCAAAGAUGGAUAAUAUAAUCCUGAUGACUGAGCACUGGCAGGAGUCUGUAGAGACUGAACUGGAGAAAUAUCGGAAGAAGUCCAGCAGUGAAGCUCUGGUGGUUAAUGUGAUGGACAAGCAGGAGAAGGAUGUGAGUGGUGAUCCUCACACUGUGGAUGUGUUUGGCCUCAGUAAUCAGAUGCUGAGGUUUGUUUCAGAGAGAGGAUCCUCCAGGCUGCUGGAUCAUGUGGAGCUCAUCCACACGCUGUAUGAUGUUCCUCCUCCAGCAGAGCUCAGAAAUAAACCUGAGAGAGCUGCAGACCUCGUUCCACUGCCCACCACACCAACGCUCAGGUGGCGUGAGGUGCGUGUGUAUAUCUCUUCAGCGUGGCGGGACAUGGGCGCUGAGAGGGAUGUUCUGGUGCAGAGUGUGUUUCCGGAGCUGCGUCGCCGUGCGGCUCCUCACUGCCUCUACCUGCAGGAGGUGGAAAUGCGCUCUGGGGUAACGGAGGAGGACCUGGCCCUGGCUGUGGAGCUCUGUCUGUCGGAGGUGGGCCGCAGUCAGCUGAUGCUGGGAAUACUGGGAGAGAGAUACGGGCCAGUGCUGCCUCGGCCUGCGCUGGAUAAUCUGCCUGAGGGAAGCUGGCUGGGCACCGACCCCUGCAGCCUGUCAGUCACAGAGAUGGAGAUUCGUCAGUUUCAGUCUGUGUAUCCCGACUCUGCUCAGAACCGCAUGUUCUUCUAUUUCAGAUCUCCACAGCUGCUCAGCUCAGUUCCUGUGGCAUGGAGAGCAGAUUUCACAGCUGAGUCGAGAGAAUCAGAGGAUAAACUGAAGGACUUGAAAGAAUGGAUCCGGAAAAACGAGUUCCGAGUAAUAGAAAAUUACCCGUGUGAGUGGUCCGGGGUGGUGGGCGGUCGGCCCGCUGUGGGAGGACUGGAGGAAAUGGCGAAGGCUGUGACGGAAGAUCUCUGGACAGCUUUACAGAAGCUCUUUGUGGAGGAAGUAGAUGAGGCUGAUUUUAUUAAACAGCAGGAAAUGCACCAGGAAGCACAGCGACGGCACUUCCACAGAAGGAGGAAGUUCAUUUCUGCUGCGAUGGGAAAGAUUCAAGAGUCUCAGCGAAAAGGAGGGAUCCUAUUGGUGGAGGGGAGUCCUGGUGCGGGCAAGACGGCUUUCAUGGCUGCUGUUGCUCACGCCCUCAAAUCUCCUGCGUGUGAUGUCAUUUCCUACUCCACAACUGCUAGCCAAUCAGCUAGGAGCAUUAGCCACAUGUUGCGCUGUUUGGUCCAAAGUCUGAGGAAGAUGAAGGAAGUAGAGGAAGAGCUGGCUCCAAGUGUAUCCUACAGAGCCCUGCGGUCUGAGUUCCACCUGCGCUUGGCUGAGCUUGGAGAAGAUCCACUGCUGGUCUUGUUUGUUGAUGGAGCAGAUCUUGUACACGAUGCCAGAGGUCAGAUGGUCUCUGAUUGGAUACCAGAGAACAUCCCCAAGGGGGUGUGUCUGGUCCUGAGUGUCUCCACAGGUUCAGCUCUCUGUAACUCUCUCAGUAAGAGGAGGUGCUGUGUGUCAUUUCCGCUGGGACUAUUACCCUGGCCUGAGCGCUGGGACGUCCUGCUGAAGGAGCUGGGUGUGUGUGGAGGGGAACUGAAGGAUUCAGAGUCCAGCAAACAGAUGAUGGACAGUGUCCAGGCUCUUCCUCAGUCUCUGUGUGAGCUGGUUCAGCACACUCUGCUCAGGCUGCAGACCCAGUUUGGGAUUGCAGGGCUGGACUGGACACUGGCUGCUCUAAGUGUCAGCUCCACUGGUUUGAGGGACAGAGAUCUGUACACUCUGCUGAACCUGUGCAGCGACCUGAGCUCCAUUCGGCGUCCCCAAACCUGGCAGGAAACGCUUCAUUUGGCCAAGAACCCAAAGAACAGAGUGCCCAUGAUGGUGCUCUGCCAGCUGGCAGUAACUUUGCGAAGGUUGAUCCAGCCGUCCCUUUCACACUCACCAGACGAGCCCCUCGCGAUGACCAAUGAGGAAGUCCGAUCAGCUUUCAUGCAGUUCUGUGGUUCUACAGAGGAGGAUCUGAACAGAGCUCAUUUAAUAUUAUCAGCUCACCUGUGGUUACGAUCAGACCCUCACGAGAACAACACCUUCAUUCACUGUGACGCAGAAGCUCUGAAUUACCUGCUAACUCACCUGAUGAAGUGUGGACAGUGGGAGCAGGUGCAUUUCCUGCUCUCCAGUUACUACUUCCUGUAUGCUAAUGUUCGACAUGGACUCCUGCACCCCCUGCUGGAGAGCUAUACUCUGUUGUUAAAGAGAGACAAAGUUGACAGGUGCUUGACGGAAACAUCAGAUGAUGUUUGGCAGUGUGAAGAUUUCCUGAAGCGCCACGCCCCCCUCCUCUCCCAUUGGCCGGCUCUGUUUGUGCAGCAGGCUCUAAACGAGGCAGAUGACUCCCCCGCCCGAGUCUGGGCUGAGAGGAUCGUCCUGCAGGGAGGAGUGAGGGCACUGAAGAGGCUGAAUAAAACCGGACCCUCAGAGCAGCAGGACGGUGAGCUGGUGUCCAGGUUGCCCUGGGCUCCGUCCUGUGUGGCUGUGAGUCCAGGGGGCGUGUUUUUAGUGGUGGGGACUGAGAAGGGCAUUCUGCACAUUUUCCUUUUAGACACUAAACAGGAAGUGAGGUCACUGGUCAGCACCUGUGAUGGUAUCUCUGGCUGCAUCUUCCUGGAGGAGAGUGUGGUGUGCAUCACUUCAUACAGCGGUCAGGUGGAGGUGUGGGAUUUUCAGUCUGGCUGCAGAACGGCCCGUCUGAAUGUCCACUCCAGGAAAAUCACAGGAUGUGAUGUCAGCUCAGACAGGAAGCUCUUUGCCACCGUCUCGCUGGACUUCAGUCUGAAGGUCUGGUCGUCCCGAGGGCUUCAGCAGGUGGCUUCUCUCCUUCAGCCAUCUCCUCCAAACUGUGUGACCUUUGACCCCGCGGGGAUACUGGUGGCUGUGGGCUGCUGGGACGGAGCGGUGCGAGUGUGGAAGUGGAUCGAUAAGCAGGAGCACAAGACUCUGAUUGGUCACGGCUCCUCUGUGCGCUGUGUGCGGUUCUGCAGCUCGUCGUAUUUGCUGUGUUCGGGUAGUUUGGACGGAGAGGUGCGGCUGUGGUCACUUCCUGCAGAGAACUGUAUGUGGCGCCGUCAGGCUCACUGCGGUUCUGUGGAGGCUCUCAGUUUUCUGGCUGAUGAAGAGAUCAUGCUGAGCGCUGGGCGUGACGGCACGGUUCACUUGUGGUCAGCUGGUUUUGGGCGCUCUGCUUCUGUCCCCAGAGAGCAAAAGGUGGAUACUGGUUUUCUUCGCUGUCCCGGUGGAGCAGUCCGAGCCCUGGCGUGUGGACGUAGCGGAUGUGUUUUCUCAGUGUCUGAUGAUCGCUCUGUGAGAGCCUGGAGCCUCUCUACAGGUACAGUGCAUCCUCCUGAACAGAGGGAGUCUCUGAGUGCAGUCUGCUUCCUGGAGAAGGGGAAGCUGCUGGUGUGUGGAUUCAGCUCAGGCAGAUUGGAGUUAUGGCAUCAAAAUAAGCUGAUUUAUUCUGAUAAGGUUAGUGAUGGUGGGAUUGGAGCGCUGACCGGUAUGCCGGAUAAGCAGCUGGCUGUGAGCUGCAGUGAUCGCUCAGUGACCGUGUGGAAGCUGGAGCUAGACUCUGAGCUCUGCACUGCAGGUGUGUUUAAGGUGUCGUCGUACACGCUGGAUAUUCCUGCGGCUCACCUGCUCUACAGUAACAUCCUGCUGGCCGUGUGCCGAGACGCCAGCAUUGUUGACGUCUUCUCUACAGCCGGAGACAACAGACAAUGCCUUAACACCUGGUUUAAUAAUAUACAGCCUCUGGGAGUGGUGAAGAACGAUGCCAAGAGCUUUUGGAUUGUAGGAGAAAGUAAAUCUGAACUCCAGCUCAUCUUUGUUCUCUCUGUAGUUUCUGGUAGCUGCUGGUAUUCUGAUUUCUGCAACAUUAAUCUGGGCUGGGAGAAAGAAGGAUCCCGAGAAGAGCAUCAUGAGGAAAAGCGUGAGGAACAGUCCGAGGAGCAUCAUGAGGAAAAGCGUGAGGAACUGUCCGAGGAGCAUCAUGAGGAAAAGCGUGAGGAACUGUCCGAGGAGCAUCAUGAGGAAAAGCGUGAGGAACAGUCCGAGGAGCAUCAUGAGGAAAAGCGUGAGAAACAGUCCAAAGAGCAUCAUGAGGAAAAGCGUGAGGAACAGUCCAAGGAGCAUCAUGAGGAAAAGCGUGAGGAACAGUCCGAGGAGCAUCAUGAGGAAAAGCGUGAGAAACAGUCCAAAGAGCAUCAUGAGGAAAAGCGUGAGGAACAGUCCGAGGAGCAUCAUGAGGAAAAGCGUGAGGAACAGUCCGAGGAGCAUCAUGAGGAAAAGCGUGAGGAACAGUCCGAGGAGCAUCAUGAGGAAAAGCGUGAGGAACAGUCCGAGGAGCAUCUUGAGGAAAAGCGUGAGGAACAGUCCGAGGAGCAUCAUGAGGAAAAGCGUGAGGAACAGUCCGAGGAAUAUAAACAGAGGAAAGUUUGGGUUACAGCAGCUACCAUACAUGAAGGCUUUAUCGUGUGUGGAGACGCCAAGGGGUACAUGUGGACCAACCAGCCGCCGAGCAUGACCAGCUGGAGCAAGAAAAGACGAGCUCACAGUGACCGGGUCAGCAUGCUUCGCCUCACAGAUAAAGCCAUUAUCUCCGCCUCUUCUGAUGGGACGAUCAAACUGUGGGACAGAAACACAAACAAACAGGUGGGUCUGUUUGUAUGUGGAGCUCCGGUGGAGAUACUGGAAAUAAACGAGGAUGACCCCAGUCAGCUGGUGUGUGGAGAUGCCCUGGGGCAGGUCUACUUCCUGUCCUGGCUGGGAUAAUUCUCCUCUACGACCUUCCGUUCAGACAGCAGAUCUACUGCAAACACGUUAAUCUGGAGAGGGCACCAAUAAUACAACCAUUAUUGAUUAAUAAUUGUACUUUAAUUAAUUUAUUGUAUUUAACAAAUAAAGUGAAAUUGAUCAUUAAUUAUAAUUUAUAAUUAGGGUUGUCAACAUUAAAGCGUUAAAACACAAUUAAUUUGGAUCAGUAACGCAUUAUUAUGUUUUUCACGCAAAUUAAAUUGGUCCAGUGGGCUAUGCUUUGCCGCUAUGAUCUGGAGAUCACUGAUCACUGUUCGAAUCCUGAUUAUGUAGCUUGCCAUUGGUUGCCAGUUCCCCAAAAGAGCACAGUUGGUCUUGCUCUCUCUCUGGGUGGGUACAGUACAGUAGAUGGCGCUCUUUGCCCUCAUCACUCCUAGGGUGAUGUGGAUCAGCACAAGGAUGCGUCUGUGAGCUGAAGUAUCAAAACCAAGUCGCUGCGCUUUCCUCCGAGCGUUAGCCCUGUGAUGCUACUCGGUAAUGCUGCAUCAGCAGCAGCUCGAAAAGAGGCGGAGUCUGACUUCACAUGUGUCGGAGUAGGCAUGUGCUAGUCUUCACCCUCCUGGUGUUGGGGCAUCAAUAGCGAUAGCAGGAGUCCUAGUGAGUGGAGUGGGUAAUUGGCCGUGUAAAUUGGGGAGAAAAUAAGAUAAAAUAAAUAAAUAAACAAUUACACCACCAAGUUUGACCCCAACUUCUACUGUAAUAUGCCCUAUUUCCACACAAUAUGUGGAUUUUAUCCUUGGUCAUAGUAUUAGAUUUUAUUAAAGGGCUCUUAAAGGGACAGUGUACACAUUACUGAUUACUGGCCGUUACAUAUUUCCCCCAGGCCAUUUAAAUGGUCACCCUCCUCCACAUUGUGAGCAUGUGUGCAAUACCAAAUACUUCCUGAGAUUUUUAUACUCAGCAAAUUAAGUUCUAAAUCAGAAAUCCUUACAACCAAGCUGAGAUGUUUACAAUAAAGUAAAAAGUUUCCUCUA